AUGUCUAGGAGCAGUGGUGUUCCUCUGCUAAUGCGCAUGGUUGUAAAAGGUGCUGCUGUACUCCUCGGAGGAAUUUUUGCUGUCUCUGUUGUUUCUUCUACCGCUGUUCAAUAUGCAGCCCUAGUUAAAAAGCAAAAGGGAAUGAAAUGUGACGUUUGUAAAGGAAUAGGGUAUUACAAAUGCAAGCUAUGCAACGGGAAUUCAACAAUACAGUGGUCACCAUUGUAUGAUCCUGUGGUUAUAAAUCCAUGUCUUUGCCCUACUUGUGAUGGCAACAAGGUCCAAAAAUGUCUCAAUUGUUUGGGGCUGGGCUAUACUUAA